CCGCCCCGGGAGCCGCCAUUUUGGGGGGAGGAGAAACACUAGUAGGGGCGGCAGCGGCUCAACGGGAUGUCGACUGGCUUCUGCUUUUCUUGCCAGCGCUGUGGAGCUCGGGCAGAAGCCUCCAUCGGGGCCACUCCUCCGCCUGCCUCUCCGGAAUGAGGCCUAAGUUCCCGCACCGGAAGGCCCCCUUUCUCCUCCAAGAGAGCCCAAGAAGAGGCCGAAGCCGAGACGAUGCCUGGGAAGCUGAAGGUGAAAAUCGUGGCCGGGCGCCAUUUACCAGUGAUGGACCGAGCUAGUGACCUGACUGAUGCCUUCGUGGAGGUAAAAUUUGGUAAUACCACCUUUAAAACAGAUGUGUAUCUCAAGUCCCUCAACCCUCAGUGGAACUCAGAGUGGUUUAAAUUUGAGGUGGAUGAUGAAGAUUUACAAGAUGAACCUCUGCAGAUCACAGUUCUUGACCAUGAUACGUAUAGUGCAAAUGAUGCCAUCGGUAAAGUGUACAUUGACAUUGAUCCUUUACUCUACAGUGAGGCUGCAACUGUCAUCUCAGGAUGGUUUCCAAUUUAUGAUACCAUUCACGGUAUCCGUGGGGAAAUCAACGUAGUUGUCAAAGUAGACCUCUUCAAUGAUUUAAAUCGAUUCAGGCAGUCAUCAUGUGGAGUCAAGUUCUUCUGCACAACAUCUAUUCCAAAGUGCUAUAGAGCUGUAAUAAUUCAUGGAUUUGUAGAAGAACUUGUGGUCAAUGAAGACCCAGAGUAUCAAUGGAUUGAUCGAAUUCGCACGCCAAGGGCAUCAAAUGAGGCCAGGCAGAGGCUCAUUUCUUUAAUGUCAGGUGAACUGCAGAGGAAGAUUGGCUUAAAAGUACUUGAAAUGAGAGGAAAUGCAGUUGUUGGGUACUUACAGUGUUUUGAUCUGGAAGGCGAAUCUGGGUUAGUGGUACGAGCCAUAGGAACAGCGUGUACGCUGGAUAAAUUAAGUAGCCCAGCAGCAUUCCUUCCUGCAUGUAAUUCCCCGUCCAAAGAAAUGAAGGAGAUUCCCUUCAAUGAAGAUCCCAAUCCCAAUACUCACUCAUCAGGACCCUCAACCCCUCUGAAAAACCAAACUUAUUCCUUUUCACCUUCCAAGUCCUACAGUCGACAGUCCUCUUCUUCUGACACAGAUUUGAGUUUGACACCCAAAACUGGAAUGGGAAGUGGUAGUGCUGGAAAAGAAGGGGGGCCCUUUAAAGCUCUUUUAAGACAACAGACUCAAUCAGCAUUGGAACAGAGGGGAGGAUCGCCUCAUAGGUUCUGUAGAAGGCGGGAAUUUCCAUUUUUCACCCUGACGGCAUUUCCUCCUGGAUUCCUUGUGCAUGUUGGGGGCGUUGUUAGUGCACGCUCUGUGAAGCUUUUGGAUCGUAUCCACAAUCCUGCCUUUGUCGGAAUUAUGGGUAACACAAGAUCUUACAAACUGCUAGACUGGAAUAGUUUCAAUUCAGAUGAACCAGAAACUCGAGAUGCAUGGUGGGCAGAAAUCAGACAAGAAAUAAAAUCCCAUGCCAAAGCACUAGGCUGUCAUGCUGUAGUGGGCUACAGUGAAUCAACUAGCAUCUGUGAAGAGGUCUGUAUUUUAUCUGCAUCCGGCACGGCAGCUGUACUGAACCCUAGAUUUUUGCAGGAUGGCACCGUGGAGGGCUGUUUGGAACAGAGGCUAGAAGAAAAUUUGCCUGCGGGCUGUGGAUUUUGCCAUAUACCAUAUGAUGAACUGAAUAUGCCAUUUCCAGCUCAUCUCACAUACUGCAAUAACUGCAGGAAACAAAAAGUUCCUGAUGUUCUCUUCACAACCAUAGACCUUCCAGUGGAUGCAACAGUUAUUGGAAAAGGUUGUCUCAUUCAAGCAAGAUUGUGUCGCUUAAAAAAGAAGGCACAGGCAGAAGCAAAUGCCACAGCCAUCAGUAAUCUCUUGCCAUUUAUGGAAUAUGAAGUACAUACUCAGCUAAUGAAUAAACUAAAACUCAAAGCAAUGAAUGCUUUAUUUGGACUGAGAAUUCAGAUCACAGUGGGCGAAAAUAUGUUGAUGGGCUUAGCGUCGGCCACCGGUGUGUAUUUAGCAGCUUUACCAACGCCUGGUGGUAUUCAGAUUGCUGGAAAGACUCCUAAUGAUGGCUCAUACGAGCAGCACAUAUCUCAUAUGCAGAAGAAGAUAAAUGACACGAUUGCCAAGAAUAAAGAGUUGUAUGAAAUCAAUCCUCCGGAGAUAUCUGAAGAGAUUAUAGGAUCCCCCAUUCCAGAACCUAGACAACGCUCAAGACUUUUGAGAUCUCAGUCAGAAAGCUCUGAUGAAGUUACAGAAUUGGACCUUUCACAUGGGAAAAAAGAUGCCUUUGUUUUGGAGAUUGAUGACACAGAUGCUAUGGAAGAUGUACAUUCUCUCCUCACUGAUGUCCCACCUCCUUCAGGCUUUUAUAGUUGUAAUACAGAAAUCAUGCCUGGUAUAAAUAAUUGGACAUCUGAAAUACAGAUGUUUACAUCAGUAAGAGUAAUCCGAUUAAGCAGCCUUAACCUGACUAAUCAAGCCCUUAAUAAGAACUUUAAUGAUCUCUGUGAAAACUUGCUUAAGAGCCUGUAUUUUAAACUCCGGUCUAUGAUCCCCUGCUGCCUCUGCCAUGUCAAUUUUACAGUCUCCCUCCCUGAAGAUGAAUUAAUUCAGGUUACAGUCACAGCAGUUGCAAUAACUUUUGACAAAAAUCAGGCUUUACAGACUACAAAAACACAUGCUGAGAAGUUAUUGCAAAGAGCCUCUACAGAUAAUGAAGAACUUCUGCAGUUUCCCCUGGAACUCUGUUCAGAUUCACUUCCUUCUCAUCCUUUUCCACCAGCUAAAGAACACCUGGAGAGUGCAAGUUCUAACUCAGGUAUACCAGCUGCACAGAGAGCAACGUCAGUUGAUUACAGUUCCUUUGCAGACAGAUGCAGCAGCUGGAUAGAGCUCAUUAAACUGAAAGCUCAGACCAUAAGGCGCGGAUCAAUUAAGACAACAGUGACAGUUGAAAAAGCAAGUCCAAUGGGUGAAGGAAACUUCCGGAAUCGUUCUGCUCCACCUUGUGCAAAUUCUACCGUUGGGGUUGUUAAGAUGACACCUCUUUCUUUCAUUCCUGGAGCAAAAAUAACAAAAUAUCUUGGUAUAAUUAACAUGUUUUUUAUUCGGGAAACCACUUCUCUACGUGAGGAAGGUGGAGUCAGUGGCUUUCUCCAUGCUUUUAUUGCUGAAGUGUUUGCCAUGGUGCGCGCACAUGUGGCUGCGCUGGGAGGGAAUGCUGUUGUCUCCUACAUAAUGAAGCAGUGUGUCUUCAUGGAGAAUCCAAACAAAAACCAGGCACAGUGUCUUAUAAACGUCAGUGGUGAUGCAGUGGUUUUUGUUCGUGAAUCUGAAUUAGAAAUGGUGUCUACUCAGCAGCCUGCUGCCAGUUGCCAGCCCUCAUGUACUGGAGGAGAAGUCACAACCUGAAGUCAGUUAGAAAGAAAGAGCUCAACUAAAUGACAUUCAUCAGUUUCCUUUGUCAUUCAUUUAUCAUACUAGACGUAAAAAAUGAACUUAAUAUGAGAGAAUUAAGAAUUGAUCCCAUAUGAGAAUGUUUGAUUUGAAUGGGAUCACCUUGGAGGCAUGAGAAUUUUCAAAUCUUGACUUUUUUUUUUUUUUUUAUCAAGGCUAGACAGACAGGCCUUAUGGAGGCUUGACUCCCCAGGAAGUUCAGAUAAAUUUCUCUGAGAACUGUAGCAAAGAUGCAAGCUAUUUAUAAUUUAUGUUGAUUUUAAUAAAAUCGUAAUUUAAAUUAUCAGGAAAUUAGGCUAGCUAUCCUGGUGUAAUUUAUAAAAAUUAAAUAAGAAAUUAACAUUGUUAAUAAGUAAUCUGAUUUGAGGAAUGUAUGGGGAAAAUGUCAAGUUUUCAGAAAACUGUGAGUUUAUUAAUGUGUUAUUUUGAUGAGGAAUUUGGUAACAGCUGGAAGGGAAAAGUGCUUUAGCCAUCUUUGAAAAAGACAUUAAACUUCUGUGACUUGUAUCUUAAUUGCUGCAAAAGUAAAAUCUGUUUAUCAGAGCCAGUGUCCUUUCAUUGGAAGCUUAAUAAUAUCUCUAAGGAAGGAGGAAAAAAUUACUAUAUACUUCAUUUUUACCCAAGUUUCUAUUUGUGUUUAAUUUUUUUGGAAGGGGCUUGGCUUCAACUGGGAAGAACAGGCCAAUGAGUUUUGUUGAAGUAGUUAAAAUAUGAUUGGUCUAGUUGGAACAUAAAAUUACUGAACCCUUACCAAAUAAACAGAAUUUUAGUACUAUCUUAUUAGGGGUUUGGGGUGGUGAGGUAGACUGUAUUUGGCAUAGAAUUUGGAAAUGUAACUUGAAUGUAAAUAUGCUGCAGAAUGUUGAAUGUAUAGAUAGAAAUACUUUUUUUUGUCAAUGCCAAAUACAUAUUACAGAUGAACCUUUAAAAGUACAUUCCUCCUUUGGACAAUAAAAUUUUUUUUUAAAACUCAUGAUUUUGCUCUUCCAGGAUAACAGCUGCCCUAAAGAUUAAGAGUCAUUUCCUUGUUAUCACAGGUGUCAAUAUUUUUCUGUAUUUUGUUUAUAAUUUUAUUUUUUAAAUAAAAGAUUUUAUAAACUGGAA